AUGAAGAUGAAAGGUCAUGAUAUCAAGAGAGUUGGUACAUGGAAUGUCAGAACACUUCUGCAGACAGGGAAAUUAGAGAAUUUAAAAGUUGAGAUGAAGAGACUUAAAAUAGAUAUUCUGGGCGUCUCGGAAAUGAGAUGGCUUAAAUCGGGUGAUUUUUGGUUAGGAGAAUAUAGAAUAAUUUAUUCGGGAACAGAAGAUGGAAGAGAAUGCAAGAAAAGCAAGGAAGUAUUUUUGAAUAACAUUUGUCAGGAUAUUGAUGAAGCGUUAAAAGUGGGAUUAAUGGAUAAGGCGUAUGGGAUUGUUAGAACAUUUUUUAAGGAAAGAAAAGUUAAAAUUACAAGUAUUAAAGAAGCAAAUGGCAAUAUCAUAUAUGAAGAAGCAGAAGUAGCAAAAUGUUGGAAAAAAUACCUAGAGCAACUGUAUCGCGAAGAAAAUAUGACAAUAGACGCAGAGAUAAAUGAAGAACAUCAAAAUAAUACGGAAGAAAUAGAUCAAAGUAUAAUGAGAGAAGAAUUUGAUAAGGCAUUAGUGGAGCUGAAGAACAAGAAAGCACCCGGAGUUGAUGAAAUUCCUGCGGAACUUAUACAAAAUUGCGGAAAAAACACCAAAAAGAUCAUUUAUGAAAUAAUCAAAGAAUGCUACGAAACUGGACAGGUGCCAACACAUGCGUCAAAAAUCCAUACCAGAAUUGUGUUAAAAAGAAUGGAACGAAUAAUAGAUGAAUUGCUAACUGAGGACCAAUUUGGCUUUAAGAGAGGAAAAGGCACUAGGGAAGCUAUUCUAGCACUAAGACAAGUUAUUGAGAAACAGAAUAGAAAAAGAAAAACAACUUAUACAGCUUUCGUCGAUCUAGAAAAAGCUUUUGAUAAUGUGGAUUGGAGAAACAUACCAAGAGGCUGCCGAACGCGAUACAUACCAGUGCUAACACCAGAGUUAACGGAAACUUUGAACAAAUACACGGGAAUGUUUGAAGAAAACCCAUUUGACGAAGAAACUAUUGAAGAGGGAGAUAAAUUAUUGAAACUACUUACAGACGAAAAAAGGAAGAAAUGGUGUGAUCUUUUAGCAGAUCUAGAUAUGAAACGAAGCAGCAAGAAAGCCUGGGACCUUACCAAGCGAUUGAAUAAUGACCCCCACUAUACCUAUAGUAACACCUAA